AUGGGUGCUAAACUUAUUCUAACAUCGGUUUUAAUAGCCAUUACUUCCCUCUACGUCUAUAACCGUAUUACUGCCGAACCCGAGAAGGUAAGUGAAUUUAUUAUAAAAAAGUGAAUUAAAAGGUUUCUUUUAAUUAAUUUAAAUAAUUCUUGAUAAUUUAAUUUCCCCAUUUUUGCAAAAAAAAAUAAAAAAUUUGGCCAUCUUGUUCCACCUAACAAGGAAAGUGCUCGACCUGCCCCGCUCUGAUUGACUUCAAACUUUUUUUAUAAAAAGAGCAUGUAAAUAUAAGAUCUUCAGCAAAAUAAUAAAUCGCGCUUUCCAAUCGAUCUCGAGAAAAUCGUGAUCAAAAAAUUAAGUUUUGAAUUUCCCGCCAAAUUGGCAUUGUGUUUCAAGCUUAUAACUUUGUCAUUUUUUGACUUUUAAUUAUUUUUCUUUGAUAUAGCAGUACAAUACCUUUAAAUGAACCUAUAUUUUUAAAUUUGUCAGUGUAUUUUGCCUGGAAAGUGAAAAAAAGUGCUUGAAACACAAUGCCAAAUUUGCCAAAUUAGCAGGAAACUUAAAUAUUUAAAAUUUAAAACUCAAAAGCGCAAGCAAAAAUUUUUUAUGGAUACUAUUGGUGGUACAAAGAAUUCGUAUAAAAAUUUUGAGCUAGUUCCUAGCAAGGCAAGUAGGGUACUUUCGUUGUUAAUACGUUUAAAAGCCUAAUACAAAGCCCCACAAUACCCUCUAAACCUAAAGCAAAACCAAGCCUCUAUUCUCAAAGAACAAAGCCUAAAUUUACGGCCAAACCUAAGCCUAGUAACCUGAAGCUUAAUCCUUUAACAAUUUGUAGGUAAACUGGCCAAAGGCAGGCUAUUUUGGGCCAGGAAAGCCAAAGCCAGACGAUGAGAAAGUCUACCCCUUCAAGAUACAAGUACCAGAAGCCGCGAUAAAAGACUUGAGCUCACGUUUGAAGAACGUUAAGAUCAGUCACGAUGACCUAGAAGACGCAGUAGGCAUGACAUAUGGCUUCACCAAAAAAUUGCUACACGUCUUCAAAGACUACUGGCUAAACAACUACAAUUGGAGGGCUGAAGAAGAGAAGUUGAACAAGCUUAGCCAUUUCAAAACUGAAAUUGAAGGCAUUAAUUUGCACUUUAUUCAUCAGAAAAGUGACAAAUAUAAGAAAGUGCUGCCACUUUUAUUGUCACAUGGCUGGCCUGGCUCGGUUCAUGAGUUUAGCAAGAUCAUUCCAAUCUUGAUCGAUCCCAAAAGUCAUGGGAUUCAAAGUGAAUAUGCUUUUAAUGUUGUUGUACCUUCGAUUCCUGGCUAUGGAUGGAGCAGCGCCUCGGCUAAGACUGGUAAGUAUGACAUUUGUUUAGUACUGUAUAGGACGCUUAGUGGUACUAAUACUUUGUAUUUGAUUUUUUUACUAUCCUAGACAUAGUAACCCGAAAAGAUAAUCCUAAACUAAAUUUAAGCCUACUAAGCCUAAGCCUACUUAGCCUAAGCCUACUAAGCCUAAACCUACUAACAGGGAAAGUACCCAACCUGCAACUCUCAGAAUCAGCUCAAAAUUUUUAUACGGAUCCUUUGUAGUACCAAUAGUACCUAUAAAAAAUUUUAGCUUGCGCUUUUGAGUUUUAAAUUUUAAAUAUUUAAAUUUCCCGCCAAUUUGGCAAAUUUGGCAUUGUGUUUCAAGUACUUUUUUCGACUUUCCAGCCAAGAUAAACUUACAAAUUAAAAAUGUAGGUUCAUUUAAAGGUUUUUUACUAGAAUAUUAAAGAAAAAUAAUUAAAAGUCAAAAAAUGGCAAAGUUAUAAGCUUGAAACACAAUGCCAAUUUGGCGGGAAAUUCAAAACGCGAUUUUUCGAUCUCGAUUUUCUCAAGACUGGCCGCAAACCGCAACUUAGAAUUUUGCAUAACAUCUUACAUUUACGUAACCUUUCAAUGAAAAAAGUUUGAACGAAAUCUGAGCGUUGCAGGUCGGGUACCUUCCUUGUAAGCCUAAGCCUAAGUCUACUAAGCCUAAGCCUACUAAGCCUAAGCCUACUAAGCCUAAGCCUACUAAGCCUAAGCCCACUGAGCCAAAGCCUACUAAGCCUAAGCCUAAUUUUAAGGCAAAACCUAAGCCUACUAACUAUGUAAACUAAGCCUAUGCCUAAAUUUUCAAAAAAUCAUUAAAACCCUUUUUAGGUAUGAACGCCGGAGCAGUAGCUCGCAUCUUCCACAAGCUCAUGAUCCGUCUCGGUUACAACAAAUACCUAGUCCAAGGUGGAGACUGGGGCUCAGUAAUCGUAGCCAACAUGGCUCGACUCUACCCGGAACAUGUAACCGGCUGUCACUUAAACAUGUUCUCAAGUUUUCGUCCUGACAGUUUGUUACAGUCUCUGUUGAUUACCGUAGCCCCUGGAUACUUUUUACACGAAGAGUCAUUGAAAGACUACAAUAUCUUCAAAACUUUGAAGUUUAUGAUCAUCAAUGGAGGGUAUUUUCAUAUUCAAGCUACUACUCCUGAUACUUUGGGUAAGUACCGUACUAUAUAGUAUCCACGUGAGCAUAUUGUCAAGUUUACGCUAGCAUACUGUAUCUUACAUGACCUUGCCACACCUUAUCCUACCCUACCCUACCUUGCCCUAACCUACCAUGCCCUAUCCUACAUUGCCUCACCCUACCCUACCCUGACACCCAAUAUUCUUAUAGGUAUUGGCCUAAACGACUCCCCAAUUGGUCUCCUAGCCUGGACGGUGGAGAAAUACAUCUUAGCAACCAACCUAAAAUACGCCCAAAACCCAGAUUUAAAAGAAAUUACCAAAAGAAUCAGCAUGGACCACUUAUUGACAGCCGUUUCGCUCUACUGGUUCAAUGGUAAUAUGCUACAAGCCACACGUCUCUACAAGGAAAAUACUCAUAGUGCCGAGUUGAUGCAAUUGCACAAGUAAGUCAUAACACAUACUGGAAUACUAAAAUACUUUUGAAUUGAAUACUGUAGCGUAUUUUAGCCAAAAUUUUAAAAUUCGGGCGAAACCUAAAAAAACAUUUUUAAAUCGAAAUAUUUAGAAAAGUAGACAUGAAAAUAAAAUAAGAUUUGGCAUGAACAUACCCUAUGGCAUUAUAAACAUUUCGCCAAUUGACAACAUUUAAAUUGGAUUACUGUAACACAUCUUAUUUAGCAGAAAAGAAAGACAUCCACAAUAUUCACCAAGGAUAAUAUAAAAAUCGAAAGAAAAUCACGAAGACAGGUUAAAAUUUCAAAUUUCAGACAAUACAUAUCAGUACCAACAGGAUACGCAGCUGUGGAAAACGAUGCGGUACCAGCAGUACCAAAAAGAGUCAUAGAAACCGCCGUCAACCUCACCCACUACUCUUUCAUCCCCGACCUCGGCCAUUUCUUUGCAUUAGAAGGGCCAAAACAACUCGCCAUGGAUGUUUUCAAGUUUGUUGAUGAUCUACAAUAA